CUGCUGCCGCAUUGGCUGCGCCUGGGGGCUGCCCCGCCUUCCCGUGCGCCGCGGGUCUCUGCGGGGUCGCCCCGGCGCUGGAGCUGCGGGGUGGUGGACCACGGGCGGGCAGGCGGGCUCGGUACCGGUAGGGAUGGACGGCCCGCCCCCUGCCCUGGCCGCGAUGUCGCAGCUCUGAAGAGGCUUGGUGCCACGGCUGGGUGCUGAGCAGCGGCCUGAGAAAGCAAGACUGAGGUAUGGGAUAAGAUCUAUCUGGAGUAGUAAGCAUGGUUCGAGAACGAAAAUGCAUAUUGUGUCACAUUGUAUACAGCUCAAAAAAGGAGAUGGAAGAACACAUGAGGAGCAUGCUUCACCACAGAGAACUCGAAAACCUGAAAGGAAGGGACAGCAACCAUGAGUGCCAGGUGUGCAGGGUGACGGUGGUGGGCUUGUCAGCGUAUGCCAAGCACAUCUCCAGCCAGCUACACAAAGACAAUGUUGAUGCCCAUGAUAAAGCGGAAGAGAAAGAGGAGGCAGAAGAAGAAUACCUUGACAAAGAACUCAUUCAACUAAUCAAACAAAGGAAGGAACGGAACCGGCAAGUUGAACCAUGCUGUGCAAACCAAGAAAUAGAAUGUGAUGAUAGGAGAUCACAGAGGAGGCGAGAAGAAAGAGCUACAUACAAAGAAAGAGAAGCUUAUGAUCAGUCAUCAUGGCAUCAUCAUAAUGCAUCACAGAGGGACUGGAAAUGGGAAAAGGAUGAUUACAUUAAUUCUAGACAAGGCAAAUUUUCACACUCCCAGAGGAACCUUAAUAUAAAUAGGCAUCCAGGUGGCCCAAGGGGACGCUCUGGGUGGCACCAAAAUGUUUCAGGGAGCUCUUCAAGUUGGCACAACUAUGGGAAUUCUGGAAUUGUUUGGCAUCCCAAUGGGCGAGGAGGAGGAGGAGGAACAUCAAAUUGGCAUCACGGUGCCAGGGGGAGGAAUUCUACUUGGCACGCAGAAGGAACAGGUAAUUUUUCUAGCUGGAAUUGCAAGAGUUAUGGAGGAAACUGGAAGUCUAGUUCUCAUGGUGCAAAUAGCUGGAAUUUCGGAAGCUCUGGAGAUACAUAUUCAUUAGAUCCAGCUAAAUAUAAUAAGGAAAGAUAUACGUGGCAGUGGCAGGAGAAAGACAUCACUGAUGUUCUUCCUUACAGAGAUCGAAAUAAUAGGAGUGACUCAUUUGAUUUUACUAGUGAUAAACUUCCUUCUGAGGGGGCACUGGAUUUUGGUACUUCUAAGCAACCAGAAAGCAAAGCUUCAAGAAACAGUGGAAAAAGUGGGAGCCCCUCUAGAGAUAAAAUACAUCGCUGGACUCCCUACCCAUCCCAGAAAUCUACAGAGCAGCAGUCAUGGUUUGAAGAUGUUUCUAAAGCUACAGAUAAAAUGGAUUCUGUAUUUUUGCCUCUUACUGAGUCAUCAGUAAAAGGAAAAACUUGUGAAGCCAUUGCUAGCCUCCCAAAACAUAAAAAGAGGGAAGCAUCUUCCCGUUCUAACGUAACUCUAGAUUACCCUGAUUCCAGUGGUGAAAAGCCUGACAAAGAUGAUGGCAGAAGUAGUAGGAUGCCAUCGCUGAAAUCCCCUCUUCUAAAUAUCACGGACAUGACUUCCCAAAAGCAAGACACAAAAAGUCUGUUAAAAAAUGUCAAGUUGAUGUUAUCCUCACCUAGUAGCAAAGGGCAGUACCAUUUGAGAGCACUGAAUCUGGAAACUAACAGUUUACCUUCUUAUUCAUCAAAGCUGCAUGGUGCAUGUGCUGGUAACGUACAAGGCAACAACAAAGACACACUUAGCAGUAAUCCUGGGGAGCCUGUUAAUAACUUAGGUGAAGCAGAACAAAAACCCAAAGAUGUUCAGUCCAACCAUUCCUUGCAAGAUACUCCCUUAAACUCUUGCAAGAAUACAAGCGAUCAGAAUAUGGAAGAAGCUGGGAAAGCAUCACCAGAGAGCAAGUUCAGACUAGAUUCAUUAGAAGAUGUGAGUGACGAUGAGUUAACAGGGAGCGAGAAGGCAGAAAUAAGAGUUGAAAAACUGAGUCCUUCUGUUAGUUCUUGUUUACCCUGUGACACUCCAGAAGGUAAACUUGCUGCCUCUGAAAAGGAUGUUGAUGAAAAGCCAUCUGCUUCAAGCAUUGCAUCUGCUGAUCUGAAAGAUUCUGCAUUUCAGAUGGAAUCCACAGUUUCUCCAUCAGACAGUCAGGACCACUUGCACGUGGGUUUGAAAACCCCCUCAUGUGAAAGAGAAGUGAAUGAGGAGCAUGUCAAGUCACGUGAUCACUUUGAAAUGGAAGGUUUUGAAAAUCCUUCAGACCAUGAGCUGCAGAAAGGAGGAAGUCAAUCACUAGGCCUUCUUCUUCCUGAUUUAAGUAAACUUGGCCUCCCUGCCUCUCUGCAAAGAGACCUGACACGACAUAUUAGUUUGAAGAGCAAAGUGGGAAUACAUCUUCCAGAGCCCAAUCUGAAUAACGCACGGCGCAUUCGGAAUGUGAGUGGCCAUCGGAGAAGUGAGACUGAGAAAGAGUCGGGGCUUAAACCCACCCUCAGGCAGAUUCUUAGUGCUUCCCGGCGAAAUGUAAACUGGGAUCAAGUCAUCCAGCAGGUAUCCAAGAAAAAACAGGAACUUGGCAAAGGUUUACCAAGGUUUGGUAUAGAAAUGGUGCCUCUCGUUCAAAAUGAUCAAGAGAGUCUAGAACUCAGUGAAGAAUCUGAUCUGGCUACUCUGGAAGGAUUCCAGUGGGAAGGGAUUUCGUUAACAGUGCCUGGGUCAGCCAGAAAACGUAGCUUUUCUGAAAGCAGUGUCAUUGCAGACAGACACCCUUCUGCUUACAGCUUUUUUAGUGAACAACACAAAGCAAAAGAAUGUGAGGAAAGGCAAAUAGUUGCAGCCAGACACUUACAUGAUAUAACAUCUGGAUACGAGGCAAGUGUUGACACUGAAGCUGACUUGAAACAGGAGGCCUCUUCUCUUUCUUUGUCACCAUUUGUAUCUGAAAGAACUAAGACCACUGGAAGGAAACACAGCCUACAGGCUACUUCUGAGGUCACAGGCCUCACAAAAGCAGAGCAGGAGAGUCUAGAUAAGAGAACACCUCUUCUUGAAAAACAGAAUGUGUUAGAAAUCUCAGAAGAAAAUCCUCUGGCCUCAAGUGAUGUACUUCUUGCAGUGUCUAAUAACAUAGAUGCAGCUACAGACAGUAGCUACACUUCUGGUACUGAGCAAAAUGACAGCCAAGGAAUUGGAAAGAAACGAAGAGCAACGGGAGAAGGAUCCUCUCCUGAAAUCCCUAGUCUGGAAAGAAAGAAUAAAAGAAGAAAAAUCAAAGGUAAAAAAGAACGGUCUCAAGUAGACCAUUUGUUGGCUAUUUCACUGAGGGAAGAAGAAUUGAGCAAGUCCCUGCAUAGUGUGGACAACAGUCUCUUGCAGGCUAGAGCUGCCCUGCAGGCUGCGUAUGUUGAUGUUCAGCGGUUCCUUGUGUUGAAGCAGCAGAUAACCAUGGAAAUGAGUGCGUUGAGAAGCCAGAGAAUCCAGAUCUUGCAAGGGCUACAAGAAACAUAUGAACCUUCUGAACUGUCAGAGAAACUUCCCAGUAGUGUCUCGUGUGAGAGAGGAAGCAGCAAAUCUCAGGUGUCGGCUGAUUUGCUUCCUGCAGGCUCUUUCUUGCCCCUUUUGGACACUUUGUCUCCUGUACCUUCACUGGGAACUUCUGUUCAUGUAAACACAUCAACACCAUUCCAUUCUGGCAUCACAUUCACUGCUCCUCCAGACUCCUCCGUGCAAGUUAAACGAGAACCUGUGUCUCCAAAAGCCUCAGAAGAAAAUGUGAAUGCUGUACUCCAGAGCUCUCUGUGUGCUUCACGAACAGAAGUGGUGGCGCAGAAGGAUGAUGAGAUGAUCCAAAAAACAUCAGUGCAUCCAGUUAUCUCUGCAACCAUAUCCCUCUCAGAGCUGACAGCUUGUUUCCAACGUGCUAAUCAAGAAGUUCACAAGCCUGCUGUGGACAGAGGAAAGGCUGGUCUUCUGGAGAAUCCUUGUCAUUCCCUGUCUACUUUCAGCAAAAGAGAAGCAAAUGGUACAGUGACUGAAAGCUUUUUACUGGAUCAGUGUAGCACCUUGCUUCCAAAUCGUUCAGUCCUUCUUGAAAUGCCAAUGGAUAAAACUCCCAAAUUGUCAGCAGAACCAUCUGAACAACAGGCAGCAAGUACUCUAGUCCCAGCAGAAAAAGGGAAUAGAAGGAGAAGAAAGUUAAGGAAAAAGAAAACACUGAGGGCAGCUCAUGUGCCGGAGAACAGUGACACAGAACAGGAUGUAAUUGACUGUAAACCUUCCCGGAAGGUCAAGAGUGGAAAAGUUCCUAAAGGAGAAAAAGUAGUUACUACAUCCACUCCUCAAAAACAGGGAGAUGGAGUUGCUAUUCAAGCAGCUAGAAACAAAGAUGAGAAUGAUAGUGAUGCUUCUCUGGAACUAGUGGAAGUUGCAACACCCCAGUGCGAAGUGGUUGACAUUGGUUCAUCAGAGUCAGGAGAUGAGAAACCAGACAGCCCAUCAAAGAGGGAGUCAUGCAGCGCUGUGGACCAAGCAGUUUUAGAGGCAUCUUGCUCAGGUUAUGAUGAAGUGAGCUCUACCAGUGAGAUUGGCACAAGUUAUAGGGAUGAUAUGAAAAGAAGUGUGGCUGAGACACAGACUUCUAUAUCAUCACUAAGAGAAUCAAAGAACUCAUCAGAGGUGUCUUCAGAGCCAGGUGAGGAUGAAGAACCUACAGAGGGGAGCUUUGAAGGACACCUGGCUGCAGUGAAUGCAAUUCAGAUUUUUGGGAAUGUAUUGUACACCUGCUCAGCAGACAAAACUGUUUGUGCCUACAAUCUGGUUAGCAGGAAGUGUGUGGCUGUCUUUGAGGGACAUACUUCAAAAGUGAACUGCCUCCUGGUCAUUCAGACAAAUGGGAAGAAUGCUGCACUUUAUACUGGCUCAAGUGAUCACACCAUCAACUGUUACAAUAUCAAGACCAAAGAGUGCAUGGAACAGUUUAAACUGGAAGAUCGAGUGCUCUGUUUACACAGUAGAUGGCGGAUCCUUUAUGCAGGCCUUGCAAAUGGCAGUGUGGUUACAUUCAAUAUAAAGAACAACAAGCAAGUUGAUACCUUUGAAUGCCACAGCCCUAGAGCAGUGAGCUGCUUGGCCACAGCUCAGGAAGGAGCACGCAAGCUGUUGGUAGUGGGCUCCUACGACUGCACCAUCAGUGUACGAGAUGCGCGGAAUGGGUUGCUUCUCAGAACUCUUGAAGGUCACAGCAAAACUAUACUUUGCAUGAAGGUUGUGAAUGAUCUGGUGUUCAGUGGUUCCAGUGAUCAGUCUGUCCAUGCCCACAACAUUCACACUGGAGAACUGGUACGGAUCUAUAAAGGCCAUAACCAUGCAGUAACGGUUGUGAACAUUCUGGGGAAAGUGAUGGUAACAGCAUGCCUCGAUAAAUUUGUUCGUGUUUAUGAACUACAGUCGCAUGACCGCUUGCAAGUUUAUGGAGGCCACUCAGAUAUGAUCAUGUGUAUGACCAUCCAUAAGAGCAUGAUCUACACUGGAUGCUACGACGGCAGCGUCAGAGCUGUGAGGCUUAAUCUGAUGCAGAAUUAUCGUUGCUGGUGGCAUGGAUGUUCGCUGAUCUUUGGAGUUGUCGAGCACCUGAAACAACACUUGCUAACUGACCACACCAACCCAAAUUUUCAGACCUUAAAAUGUCGUUGGAAGAACUGUGAUGCUUUCUUUACUUCCAGGAAAGGUUCCAAGCAGGAUGCUGUGGGACACAUUGAAAGACAUGCUGAGGAUGACAGCAGGGUUGACUCAUGAAACUUCUCACCUCCCACAUUGGGAAGUAAUUUAAUGUCAGGAUUAUUCCAAAUAACAUCAAUUUUUUUACUCCAGUCUUUUUCUUUUACCAUUUGGAAUGCAAAAAGGAAGUGAGGCUGAAAGGCCUCGCUACAGAGCUGCAGGUUGUGUUGCACGCUGUAGAUAUAAGGCUGGUCAGUUAAGAAGCGGCCCAAAUGUAAGAUUCUUGCAAGUUUUUAAUUCAUUGACAAAUAAGAAUAUUCCCCCCUCUUGUCUGCCUUGUUUUAUGAAGAAGUAUGUUCUUGAGAAUCUUUGGGAAGUGCAGAGGGGUGUUGAGAAGUUAGAUGACAAUGGGUGCUGGUGUUUACACACGCAGCUUGAAACCUGUUAAGUGUCUAACUAAAAUAUGCCUGUUUUUAUGAUGUAUCCAUUUUUAGCUGAUUUCAGUAAAAAUCUGCAAACCAGAAUGUCAAAAAAUCUGUCAGUGUAACUUAAGUAUCCAGUGUACAUAUUGGCUUUCUUCAUAAAAAGAAAUGGUAUUUUACGGAGAACUGGAAUGAGUUUUCUAAUGUUAACUGUAAUUUAUAUUUUAAUCUUUGUCUAAAAAUUUCUAUAACUGACACAAUAUAUACAGUGACAGACUGCCCUAAAUAUUACACCUCCUGAAGUGUUUUGGUAUUUUCUUUUUCUUUGGAGGAAAGCAGUUCUUUGUUGACAGGCGUGCAAGCAGCAGCAAAACAGCUCUGCUCUCGUGCCUUUCAAUCUUAGUCUCUUAUAGGUCCUUAUGUGCAGGAAAGGAGGAACCAAUAUCAGCUUUUGUUUCUCAGUAUAAACACUAUCUUGAUAUCCAACACUGGAGUUGGAUUCCUUAUUCGACUUGGAAUUCCCUAAUCCUAUAUCUUUAUUACAGAGCAAACAAAUAGAAGUUCAAAGUCACUGUAUGUCUAAGUGCUUCUACUUCAGCAUUAUUUUGUUUCUGUUGUGAACUGGCUUAAUUUGCUUGGGCUAUAUUAAAUUCACAAAAGGUCAACAGGAUUUGAAAGUCUAAAGUUCUCAAGCAGAAGCUGGGGAUACAAAAUGCAUGUUUUGUGUAUUAAAAAAAAAUCUUGUUUCCGCAAAUGUAUGUAAUGGGCACGGGGAAGCCGGUGCAGAGCAGAAGAGUGUCUCUCCUCGUGCAGGUCCCUCUGCUGCUGUCUCUUGGGGUUGCAGUCUUAACCUCAUUUUCCUGUUGAGUUCAGUGAAACUGAGUUUUUGUGUUCAUGAUGCUCUUAAAAAAACAAGAUGAGUCUGACAAAGAACUCUUAAACAAUGAGACUAAUCUGUCAAGGACCUUUUUGUUCAUGUUUGACUAACCUUCAGAUCAGGAUGAAAAAAGCAGGUGUUUCCUUAAACUGUAACAGAAGAUAAAGAUAGCCCAAUGUCAAAACUGAGUUACUUAUAAAUGUAUCCAGUGCUUUUCAAAGUGAAUGUACUGCUUUCAGUGGACAUCUCUUAACCACUCGUUUGAGACUUCUUAUGCUAUCCAUUGACCAAACGUAUUUUGUAGCCUCAUUCUUUGACUAAAAAGAUGUCUUUUUAGGCCACGGCUGUGACUGAAGGAGGCCUGUGGAUGUUCAGUUCUGCCAUCAAGUCAAGGAACUUCAGGGCCUUCUCUGAAACACACAAUUUUUAUAUUGUGUUAGCGCACAAACAUAAUUCCUCUGUAUUUGCUUGACAUUGAUGUUUUUUCUUGGGAAAGACAGGAGUAAAAUAGGAACGAGGUACAUUAGCAUCCUACUUCAAACACGUAGGAAUCCUUGAGGUUCCAAUGCUCUUGUAGUUUUUUUGAGUGAUUUUUUUUUUGGGGGGGAGGCGGUUUUUUGUUGCUGUUGUUUGUUUUUAUUAUUUUCAUUAACAUGUUUGUAGACAGGAGAAAUAAAAGCAAUCUGUGACUUAGACUCAAGGCAGCUUUGAGAGUUUUAUGUAUUUUUGGGAGGGAUGGGUUGUUUUCUGCUUUAUUGCUCUGGAAUCUUCAAGAAUAUUUAUUUGUUUGAGAUUUUUUUGUUGGUGUUUUUUUAUAAGCAGAGGGCUGCAUAUGACUUAAACCAUUUCCACAAUUAUUGAUAUUCAAGAGGUUUUGUUUUUUUUUUUUUUGAACCACAGUGAGGGAGCAUGUAAAAGCACGGAAGGAGACAACUAACUGAGCUGUUCUUCAUAGAUUGUGACUGGAGUAAAAUGGCGUGGAGCGGUGUGUUCUUAGGAUAAGCAUGUGGAGUGGCUGUAUCACUAAACAUGAUGUGCGAGAGUAGAUUUUGAUACUUGGUGAUUCUUAUUCUCUCAGUUGAUGAUUUUGUUUUCAGGAACGUGCAGAGAUCUUUCUCACUAGAUUUUGCAACAAAGACAGUUAUUUCACUUUAUUUGCAUUCCUGAUUAGUUAUUGUGUUGAUCUUUUCUAGUUGGUGUAAAAGGAGACUUCCUUUUCUUGUACUCGGUGAUAUUUGUUUCUCUGUCUUUAAAAACAGUCUGAUCCAAAAAUGAAUCAGAUGGACUUCUGAAAUCCAGUUUUAGCAGUGGUGUCUUCUGCUACUUCGGAGGGUAUUUCAGGUCCAUUCUCAGAUAAGAGACAGGAAAAUAGCAGAGCUGCGUGAGUGCUUAUCAAUUUCGCUUUAUAUGUGUAGAAAAUAUAUAUGUUGCUCGAGGGCUCAGAGGAAAAUACUGUGCUGCUUUGUCCUAAGGCUAUCUUAAAAGGAUUUGCUAUGAAACUGUCACACAGAUAUGAAGUUCUACAGACUUCUUUGGAGUUCUGUGGGGAAUGCAGCUUCCAUUAGUAGCUGUUUGUUUCCUCCACAUAUGUUUGCAGAAGAGAGAUGGAUAUUGAUGUGUUAUAUUGGCAGCCAUUGAUGAGAUCCUCUCCAGUCUUGCACUGAGGAUUCUGACUUGUGAUAUACCUCUGGUCAUAGAGCGAAAUAGUCUUGGGAAAGGGACUGCUUGUGAAAUGUGAGUGGGGUAAUUUUUACAUGAAAAGCAGCACGACGCAUCUGAAGCCUGUGUUCAGGAAUGUGUUUGUUUUGGGUUUAUUUUUUAUGCAACUAAAGCAUUGUGGGUGUGGAAGAGUGAGUAGAGUGAGGGUUGGUUUUACAGUUAGCUGUUUUAUUUCAUUAGUCAAAUGUUAGACAGUGAGCUCUGCACUUGUAUGCUGACUGAAUAUGGCAGUCCCUUUUUAGGUGGAAGCUGUCAUUCUCAGCAGUACUGACGCUGCUUAUUCAGCAGUGAGUCUCCUCAAUGGGCUUGAAGUGCUCAGAGCUAUUGUACUCUUCUGUCUUUUGAAUGGGAGAGGCUUUACUGAAACCGGUUAUAUAUCAUUCUCUUCAAAAGUGGGAAAACAUGUUGUGGUGCGCCUAUAUUAAGCCCUACCCAAGCUCAAAAAGGAGAGUGCGAGUAGCAUAAAAUGAUCGCUUAAAAGUUCAAAUGUGCAACAAAGCUUAACCUUAUCCGACAUCCUCACGUGUGGAUUGUCGUAUCCUAAGACUGAUCUGUCGUCUUUGCUCUGUUUUCCUUGAAAUCACAGGAAAAAUAGCUAACUGACAGUGCAGCGCUGUGUGGCCUAGUGCUGUUGCUUCCCUGUGUGGAAGGGGCCAGAGGGGAAACUGUUGCAUCUGUUGGUAUAAAGAUGCAUUACAUAUCCCAGCUUCUGUUUGCCUUGAGUAAGGUGUGUGGGUUGCAGACCUUCCAAGCAGUUCAGCUCUGUGCUAUGUUGAAACAGCGGGGGUCUUAAUGUGCUUACAAACUAUGUAGUAAUGCUGAAUCACGGUAAACAAUGAGUGAAAGCUCACAAUAAACUGUAGGUUCCCAGAAACAAAAACGUGCUGAAAAGAUAUUUUUUCCUUCUUUUAAAUUAAAAAUGUAGGUACAGAUGAUAAAUCUUGGUUUUCAGGCUUUUAUGGUACUAUCAUUCAAACAUAGUCUUAAGCUGUCCAGAAUUGCAGAAUAUAUGAGGAAGGAUAAGGAAACAGUCUCAGCUGCUAAUUGUAAAAUAUUUAAUGGUGAGAGUAAAGAGCAAACUGUGUAGGUAUAUAUUCUGUCGUAUGCACCUGCCAGCUUCUCAAAUUUCAUUAUGCUGCAAAUAUUAAAAAGUUUUUAAAGUGGAAUAAAACAACAUGGUUGAGUAUUUAAUAACUUAAGCUAUGUAGAACAUUUGCACAGAUUGACCUUGCUUUUCCUCUGUCAUUUUGGUACAAAGCUGGGAGUGUAAUAAUGAAACUUUACACAGCCACAAAAUGAAAAGAAAAUAAAAAUAAAAGUUCUUUAUAUUGUUA